GGGGCUGGGGGAGGGGCGUCAAGAUGGCGGCGGGGAGGUAGGCAGAGCCGGACGCCGCUGCCGCCGCCGCCGCCGCCGCCUCCGCUCCAGUCGCCUCUGGCUCUUAAAGCUCUCACCCCCGGGGAGAAGCUGUCCUGGCGUCGGGUCCCGCGAGGAAAAUGGUGGAACCAGGGCAAGAUUUACUGCUUGCUGCUUUGAGUGAGAGUGGAAUCAGUCCAAAUGACCUCUUUGAUAUUGAUGGUGGAGAUGCAGGGCUUGCAACUCCAACGCCUACCACUCCAGUUCAGCAGUCGGUGCCACUUAGUGCAUUAGAACUAGGUUUGGAGACGGAAGCAGCAGUUCCUGUUAAACAAGAAUCAGAGACGGUACCUACUCCCGCACUGUUAAAUGUGAGGCAGCAGCCUCCAUCUACUACAACCUUUGUGUUGAAUCAAAUAAAUCAGCUUCCAACCUUGGGAUCUACAAUUGUAAUGACUAAAACACCACCUGUUACAACCAAUCGGCAAACCAUCACUCUAACAAAGUUUAUCCAGACUACUGCAAAUACACGCCCUUCUGUCUCAGCACCAGUAGUACGAAAUGCCAUGACUUCUGCACCUUCCAAAGAGCAGGUUCAACUGAAGGAUCUACUCAAAAAUAAUAGUCUUAAUGAACUUAUGAAACUGAAACCACCUGCAAAUAUUGCUCAGCCAGUUGCAACAGCAGCUACUGAUGUAAGUAAUGGUACAGUGAAGAAAGAGUCUUCUAAUAAAGAAGUAGCAAGAAUAUGGAUAAAUGACAUGAAAAUGAGAAGUUUUUCCCCAACCUUGAAGGUUCCUGUUGUAAAAGAGGAAGAUGAACCAGAGGAAGAAGAUGAAGAAGAAAUGGGUCAUGCAGAAACCUAUGCUGAAUAUAUGCCAAUAAAGUUGAAAAUUGGCCUGCGUCACCCAGAUGCUGUAGUGGAAACUAGCUCUUUAUCCAGUGUUACUCCUCCUGAUGUUUGGUACAAAACAUCUAUUUCUGAAGAGACCAUUGAUAAUGGCUGGUUAUCAGCUUUACAGCUUGAAGCAGUUACAUAUGCAGCCCAGCAACAUGAAACAUUCCUACCUAAUGGAGAUCGAGCUGGCUUCCUAAUAGGUGAUGGUGCAGGUGUGGGAAAAGGCAGGACGAUAGCAGGAAUCAUCUAUGAAAAUUACUUGUUGAGUAGAAAAAGAGCAUUAUGGUUUAGUGUUUCAAAUGACUUAAAGUAUGAUGCUGAAAGAGAUUUGAGGGAUAUUGGAGCAAAAAACAUUUUGGUUCAUUCAUUAAAUAAGUUUAAAUAUGGAAAAAUUUCUUCCAAACAUAAUGGGAGUGUGAAAAAGGGUGUUAUUUUUGCUACCUAUUCUUCCCUUAUUGGUGAAAGCCAAUCUGGUGGUAAAUAUAAAACUAGGUUAAAACAACUUCUGCAUUGGUGCGGUGAUGACUUCGAUGGAGUGAUAGUGUUUGAUGAAUGUCAUAAAGCAAAAAACCUUUGUCCUGUUGGUUCUUCAAAGCCAACCAAGACAGGCUUAGCAGUUCUGGAGCUUCAGAACAAAUUGCCAAAAGCCAGAGUUGUUUAUGCUAGUGCCACUGGUGCUUCUGAACCGCGCAACAUGGCCUACAUGAACCGUCUUGGAAUAUGGGGUGAGGGAACUCCAUUUAGAGAAUUCAGUGAUUUUAUUCAAGCAGUGGAACGCAGAGGGGUUGGUGCCAUGGAAAUUGUUGCCAUGGAUAUGAAGCUUAGAGGAAUGUACAUUGCCCGACAGCUGAGCUUUACUGGAGUGACCUUCAAAAUUGAGGAAGUUCUUCUUUCUCAGAGCUAUGUUAAAAUGUAUAACAAAGCAGUCAAGCUGUGGGUCAUUGCCAGAGAGCGGUUUCAGCAAGCUGCAGAUCUGAUUGAUGCCGAACAACGAAUGAAGAAGUCCAUGUGGGGUCAGUUCUGGUCCGCUCACCAGAGGUUUUUCAAAUACUUGUGCAUAGCAUCCAAAGUUAAAAGGGUUGUGCAACUAGCUCGGGAGGAAAUCAAGAAUGGAAAAUGCGUCGUAAUUGGUCUGCAGUCCACAGGAGAAGCUAGGACUUUAGAAGCCUUGGAAGAGGGCGGAGGAGAAUUGAAUGAUUUUGUUUCAACUGCCAAAGGAGUCCUACAGUCACUCAUUGAAAAACACUUCCCUGCUCCAGAUAGAAAGAAACUUUAUAGUCUGCUGGGAAUUGAUCUGACGGCUCCAAGUAAUAACAGCUCACCCAGAGAUAGUCCUUGUAAAGAAAGUAAAGUAAAGAAGCGGAAAGGUGAAGAAAUAGCUCGAGAAGCCAAAAAAGCUCGAAAAGUUGGUGGCCUUACUGGUAGCAGUUCUGAUGACAGUGGAAGUGAGUCCGAUGCCUCUGACAAUGAAGAAAGUGACUAUGAGAGCUCUAAAAACAUGAGCUCUGGAGACGAUGAUGAUUUCAAUCCGUUUAGAGAUGAGUCUAGUGAAGAUGAUGAAGAUGAUCCCUGGUUAAUCAGAAAAGAUCACAAAAAAAACAAAGAUAAAAAAAAGAAGAAGAGUAUAGAUCCAGAUUCUAUUCAAAGUGCCUUAUUAGCAUCAGGUCUUGGAUCAAAACGACCUAGUUUUUCAUCUACACCAGUUAUCUCACCCGCUCCUAACAGUACACCAGCUAAUAGUAAUACCAACAGUAACAGUAGCCUCAUAACAAGUCAGGAUGCUGUGGAAAGGGCCCAACAGAUGAAGAAAGACCUUCUGGAUAAAUUGGAAAAGCUUGCCGAAGACCUGCCGCCUAAUACUCUGGAUGAACUUAUUGAUGAGCUUGGUGGUCCAGAGAACGUUGCUGAGAUGACUGGCCGCAAGGGGCGGGUUGUGAGCAAUGACGAUGGAAGCAUAUCUUAUGAGUCAAGAUCUGAACUUGAUGUGCCUGUGGAAAUACUAAAUAUCACAGAAAAACAAAGAUUUAUGGAUGGAGAUAAGAAUAUUGCUAUCAUCUCAGAAGCUGCUAGCUCAGGUAUUUCAUUACAAGCAGAUCGGAGAGCCAAAAAUCAAAGGCGAAGAGUUCAUAUGACUUUGGAGUUACCAUGGAGUGCUGAUAGAGCAAUUCAACAAUUUGGAAGAACUCAUAGAUCAAACCAAGUUACUGCUCCCGAGUACGUCUUUUUGAUUUCUGAGUUGGCGGGAGAACAAAGAUUUGCAUCUAUUGUUGCUAAAAGACUUGAGAGUUUGGGGGCCCUUACACAUGGAGACAGGCGAGCAACAGAAUCCAGGGACCUGAGCAGGUUCAACUUUGAUAAUAAGUAUGGAAGAAAUGCUUUAGAAAUUGUUAUGAAAUCCAUUGUAAAUUUGGACUCUCCUAUGGUAUCACCACCUCCAGACUAUCCCGGAGAAUUCUUUAAAGAUGUUCGACAAGGACUGAUAGGAGUUGGCCUGAUCAAUGUAGAAGAUCGCUCGGGAAUUCUUACUCUUGAUAAAGAUUAUAACAACAUAGGAAAAUUCUUAAAUAGAAUUCUGGGCAUGGAGGUGCAUCAGCAGAAUGCAUUGUUUCAGUAUUUUGCGGACACACUUACUGCCGUUGUGCAAAAUGCCAAAAAAAAUGGAAGAUAUGAUAUGGGAAUCCUAGAUCUUGGUUCUGGAGAUGAAAAGGUGAGGAAAAGUGAUGUUAAGAAGUUUCUGACUCCAGGAUAUUCAACUUCUGGCCACGUAGAAUUAUACACAAUUAGUGUAGAGAGGGGAAUGUCUUGGGAGGAAGCAACCAAGAUUUGGGCGGAGCUGACAGGACCAGAUGACGGCUUUUACUUGUCACUGCAAAUAAGGAACAACAAGAAAACUGCAAUCUUAGUUAAAGAAGUAAACCCUAAAAAGAAACUCUUCUUGGUUUAUCGACCAAAUACUGGGAAACAGCUCAAAUUAGAAAUUUAUGCUGAUCUAAAAAAGAAAUAUAAGAAGGUAGUCUCAGAUGAUGCCCUGGUGCACUGGUUAGAUCAGUAUAAUUCAUCUGCAGAUACUUGUACUCAUGCUUACUGGCGUGGCAAUUGCAAAAAAGCAAGUUUGGGAUUAGUUUGUGAAAUAGGUCUUCGCUGCCGCACGUAUUAUGUAUUAUGUGGUUCAGUGCUGAGUGUGUGGACAAAAGUUGAAGGUGUUCUCGCAUCUGUCAGUGGCACAAAUGUGAAAAUGCAAAUAGUUCGGCUAAGAACAGAAGAUGGACAACGGAUUGUAGGUUUGAUCAUUCCAGCAAAUUGUGUAUCUCCUCUUAUAAAUCUCCUAUCAACUUCAGACCAGUCUCAACAGCUUGCAGUCCAACAAAAACAGUUAUGGCAGCAGCAUCACCCGCAGAGCAUUGCCAACUUGAGCAACGCAUAAAGAAAAGUUAGGUUUCAAAACGGAUGUAUCUGAAAUGCUGUGGGAGCAUAUCAUUUGCAUAAAAAUCAGGGACAGUUUCCAAAGAAUUAUAUAUUUUUUUCAGUUGUGCUCUCUGUAGUUAAUUUUUGGGGGAAUAAGGACAACCUGGAAUAGAUAAGAAAACUGAAAAUCAGCAGUGCCAUUGGUGGUACAUGUGUCUUUCCUUUUGCUUCUUUUGGGACUUCUGUAUGCUUUUACUUUGGGUGAGCAGAGGAUGUGUGUGCACGUAUGUUCUGUGUGUGUGUGUAUGUGUGAGAGAGUGAGUCUGUUUGUGGAUUUGUUAAAGGCUACAAACCACAAUCAAUUUAAAAUGCUUGGAACUUCCCAAACUGGCUUUAUUUUCUGUUACACAGUGCUCAGGGUUAACACAGUACAUCCAUGUCAUUGCUGUGGGAAUUAUCCCCAGAUGCAUGUGUUUCAAGUCUGUAAUUAUAGAAAAUAUAUAUUGGUUUCUUUUUCCAACUUAAACAAUAGGUUUACUAAAGCAUGAAAUGAAAGGUUGCAUUAUCAUGCAUUCGGGUUCUUCUGUAGUUUUGUUUUGUCCGUGCAUGUCUUUGAAAGCAUGCGUAAACAAGAUUAACACAGGAGUCAAGUAUCAGAGAGAAACAUUUUUAGGUGUACAGCAUUGGUCAUUGCAUUUUUAUAGUGUUUAUACCUGGGUAUUGCUUCUAACCCUGCAAACCCCCCUCCCCCAUCUCCUCUUGCCCCAGGUUUCUUGUCAAGAUAAUGAGUACAUACCUUUUUUGUGAUAAAACUCUGAAAAGUUAAUUUUAAUGUAUUAAUAGUAUUCCUAAUGUGUGCUGCAAAAAAUGGCUAUAAGCCCCUUUUUCUUAAAGUUACAUUUUCCUUAAGGACAGUUUUAGGAAGAAAUACAAUUGGCUUCCAUCUGGCAAACAAUCUUUUUUUUUUUUUUUCAUUAUCUGAAUUUACUUUGUCAUUCAUGAACAGGAAACCAUACUUUAGUUGUGAACUAGACAAUGAGGAAACACUUGAGGCUUCUGCUGUAUGUGUUUUUUGUUGUUGUUGUUGUUACCCAGUAACUUGAAUAUGUUUAACAUGUUGUAAGACAUUGUAGAGUUUAUUUCAAGCUGUUAAAAAUGGUAAUGUACAAAUGUGAAUAGACACUUAUCUAUAACAUGGGUAAGUUUUGUUUCGCCUAUAAUAGAUGUUUAUAAAAACAAGUGAGGGGACAGUUGGUCUUUUUGUUUCUCCCCCCGCCCCUCCUUUUUUUGCUUGCACAGGUUGCACUAUUGAAAAAUUGAGAUUGUAUAAACCUGGUCAAAAGCUGCAAGAUACCAAUAUCUUGUAGAUGUUAAAUAAAAAAGUUAUUAUUACUAA